AUGAGGAAGGGACACCUGACGCUGGAGAAGAAAGUGGUCAGCUACAGACUGAAGAGGGGACACAUGAAGCUGGAGAAGACCGACAAAAUGUCGGCGGACGCUGUAAACAUCCAGGCGCAAGUGGAGUCAGUGCUGGGUGCGCUCGUUAAAAUCGCUACGGUGGAGUUGACCAAACUGUUCGAGAGUAGGUACCGAAGCGUGGCUACUUCCCAGGAAGUGGGCCGCGCCGACAACGACUCUCAAGAUACUUUCUCGUCUGAGGAGAGAACACGCAGCAUCGGGGUGCAAGUGGACGAGCACGUAAACACACCGCUCGGCUUCUCGUAUGGCGGUUGUUCCAAAGAGUACACAAAAGAGCAGGGGGUGCUGGGUUGCCUCAGUGUUCUCCUGACUGGGGAUAAACCACAUGACAAGCAGGCGGAGACUGGAGAUGGGGCAGAGUUGAGCAUCUUUGAACAGACAGGUGCUAGUUUGGAUGAUCAAAAAUGUGGGCCCAGACAUAGUCCACCAGCUAAGCAGAAGCCUCCUUCAGUUCAGCCCGACCCGAGUGAAGAUGUCUCAAUUAGUUGCCCGCUUACCCAGAAGCCGGAGUCUUCCACAUCUCAGCCUCACAGCUCUGAGACGCCUGUUAAAGCAGAACCUAAUCAAGCUUGCGCGAGCACGGCCAAAGGUAGAGCCUACAGCCCGUCUCUUUGCGACGGAGCCGUAAAUCCGGUACCGGCCGGCAUUCAGGAACACCCGCCCUUGCCAAACGGAAAGACAACCCACCUCCGAAAAUGCUCCUUACCGGAUCAAAAGCUGGGCGGUGCGUGUGUGGUGCAACUGGUCGAUGUGCGCACUGCAGCGGAAAUGGAGGCGAAGAUUCAGCAGCGCAGCGGCAAUGGUAAGGCGAGAUUGCCCUUGCCUAAAGAUUUGCGCCGCCACCAAGGCGUACACACGGGCCACCGCCUGUGCUGCUUCGCACCGCCUGAAGACGGCAUAUGGCGACUGCAGAAGGUCAUAAGCCACUCCCACAAUGGCUACGCAUGCGCCAUAUGUGGCAAAAUGUUCAAACGGCGCAAGAUUCUCCGGCGACACGAGCGUUUCCACUCUGGCGAAAAACCGUACUCCUGUUCCCAGUGUUCCAAAACAUUUGCGCUCAGGAAGAGUCUACGCCACCACGUCAGAUUCCACACGGGGGAAAGGCCACACAAAUGUACGCACUGCGACAAAAGCUUCCGCCUGCGGGAAAAUCUGAAAACCCACCUGAGAUUUCACACUGGAGAGAAACCGUAUCGAUGCCACUCAUGUGGAAAGAUGUUCCGUAUCCUGGGAAAUCUGGACAGACACCACCUCAACCCAUGUGGAUUCUUCGUGCCCUCAUUCCGGACCGUCGCCGGGCUCUAG